ACGUAGCUCUAUCCUGAUUCUGAUUUCCACCCCCCCUCUCUCUCUUGAUUCUUCUCCUUAACAAACAAAUACGCCUUUGAGCCUCUUUGGUCACGGAAAAUCCCAGAGAGGGAGAAAGAGAGAAUGGAGAGGCUUAUCUACUCUAAAUUCUCUCCAAAACCCUCUACUCAUCACCUCCCUCAACUCGGCCGAAUCGACGCUGCAAGACUCCGUCUUCCGGCCGAGUCACUGCGAGUCGCCUCGCUUUUCCACAAACACGAUGACCCAUCUCGUCGUUCGUCCCUUCUAACGAUCCCUAAUAGAGUACCCGAUAAAUACCCUACCAAAUGUUCAUCUGCCUCGUCUUUUCCACCAGUGGAUUUGCAAAAUGGGUCGAAGCCUACACGCCAUUUGGUCAAGAAAAUCGUGGAAAGGUCUUUUGGGCCACGAAAGGCAGUUGCUGCUGGAACAAUUGCACUACUCUCAGCUCUCAUUAUGAUAUUAAUCCAUCCAGUCAUAGUGUCGCCAGCUUUGGCCACCUUCCAAACCGCAACCAAGACGGGGGCUCCAACUGCAGUUGCAGCAGGGCAAAGACUUAUCCGCACUGAACUACUCAGUAGCGCUUGGACUGGUUUCUUCGCUGGUUGCUUACACACGCUAUCAGGCCCUGACCACCUCGCCGCAUUGGCGCCACUCUCAAUUGGACGCACUCGACUCGAAAGUGCUGCCGUUGGAGCAUUAUGGGGUUGUGGUCAUGACGCUGGCCAAGUCAUUUUUGGCUUACUCUUUCUAGUACUAAAAGAUCGACUCCAUAUCGAAAUCAUCAGAACAUGGGGCACAAGAGUUGUGGGAUUUACUCUACUUGUUAUUGGUGCUAUGGGAAUAAAGGAGGCUUCAGAGGUCCCUGCCCCUUGUGUUGCCUUAGAAAACGGCGAGUGCGAUGUCAGUGUCUAUGAAACCCUUGAUAACCCCAAAACCGAAAAGAAGAAGAAAAUAGGGUUUGCGACUUUUGCGACAGGUAUUGUGCAUGGUUUGCAACCGGACGCAUUGAUGAUGGUACUGCCUGCACUUGCUUUGCCUUCUCGCUUGGCGGGGGCAGCAUUUCUAGGUAUGUUCUUGGUUGGGACUGUUGUUGCGAUGGGAAGCUAUACCGUGUUUAUAGGCUCGUGUAGUCAGGCAUUGAAAGAAAGGGUACCUAGAAUUACUGAGAAGCUGACAUGGGCUUCCUCCAUUGUAGCCAUUGCUCUUGGACUUGCUAUCAUCAUAAGCCAGUUUUUCGGGUUUAGCCUCUAUUGAUUUAAGUCCUUUUAUAAGGUAUUGUUAACCCACAGGGGAUUGCUCAAAACGUAGUGAAAAGGUGGGAGCAAAGUUAGGAAAGAAUUGAGGGAUAUUUAGUAGCAGCAGUGUUCAUGGUUUAGAAAUUUCAUCUUAUCGGGAUUACUUUAUUUAUUUUCUUUUAGAUGGUUGUUAUUUUACAAAAAUUUGGACCUUUCUGCAUUCUGAUUAACUAUUUGUGACUUGAGUUUUCA